GAUAUUGUAUAAUUCCUGGUUUUAGAAGAUAAUAUUUGAAUCUUCAAGUGAGUUCUUGAAACCCCGUUUCACUACUUUCCCAUUUAAAUCUUUGGCUUACUUUUGAUUAGAUAAGAAAUGGCUAAAGAGAGCCCUAACUGGGACGGUUUACUUAAAUGGAGUCUCUCUCACUCAGAUGGCACUGGUUCUGCUGGUAAUUUAAGUGAGGAGGAUAGGAGAUGGUUCAUGGAGGCUAUGCAAGCUCAGAGUGUUGAUGUUAUUAGAAGAAUGAAAGAGAUAACUCUUGUUAUGCAAACCCCAGAGCAGGUACUGCAGUCUCAGGGAGUAACUCCUCAAGAUAUUGAAGAUAUGUUGGAUGAGCUACAAGAGCACGUGGAGUCUAUUGACAAUGCCAAUGAUCUUCACUCCAUUGGUGGCUUAGUACCUCUCCUUGGCUACUUGAAGAAUUCCCAUGCUAUCAUCAGAGCUAAGGCUGCAGAAGUUGUAAGUACAAUUGUUCAGAACAACCCUAAGAGUCAACAAAUGGUCAUGGAAGCUAAUGGCCUAGAACCACUCUUGUCAAAUUUUACUUCAGAUCCUGAUGUUACCGUGCGCACCAAAGCGCUUGGUGCAAUCUCGUCUCUAAUUAGGCAUAACAGGCCUGGAAUUGCCGCCUUUCGCCUUGCAAAUGGUUAUGCAGCUCUUAGAGAUGCUUUAAGUUCUGAGAGUCAGAGAUUUCAGAGGAAAGCUCUUAACUUGAUCCAUUAUUUACUUCACGAGAAUCAUUCAGAUUGUGAUGUAGUUGCUGAGCUAGGAUUUCUGCGUAUUAUGAUGCACCUGGCUUCAAGUGAAGAUGCAGAAGUACGUGAAGGCGCACUCCAAGGCCUUCUUGAGCUAGCUCGCUACAGGUUAGGCAAGCAGGAUGCUCAUCCAAGUGAGGAAGAUGACAAACUGAAGCAAAUUUUACAAGAACGGAUUAAGGGGAUCAGCGAGAUGUCAGCUGAAGACCUAGGUGCUGCCCAAGAGGAAAGGCACCUUGUCGACUCCCUUUGGCUCGCCUGCUAUAAUGAACCAUCUUCUCUUCGAGAGAUGGGGCUUCUUGUUCUCCCUGGAGAAGAUGCUCUUCCACCAGAUGUAGCCAGUAAGCAUUUCGAGCCUCCUCUUAGAGCUUGGGGUGCAAACCGGAAUCCUGAUGCAAAAUCUAGUACCAAAAAGGAGGAAAAGGAGGCGCCAUUAUUACUUGGUCCAGGACCCUCAUCUGGCAGUGCUGCUUAAUGCAGCUAUGGGAGGAUAGUGGUCUAGUUUCUCUUUGCUCUUAUUCAAAUAUAUGGAUAAAAAUGUUUCUGUGGAAAUUUAGUCGUAUUGCUUAAAUGGAAGCUUUUUUUCCGGCUUCCCUUAAGCUCUUCCCUGAAAGUCCAGAUGAAUUUUUUCUUUUUCAGUUCUUCCUCAGUUUUGAUUAUCUGUUCUUUUGCUCUUUUGCACAUUAAGUGGAUGAUUAGAUGUGAUAUUGAAUUUACUGAACCAUUGAUGAGGUAUAUUGUUGUUUUCUUACACUUA